AUGGCCUGCUGCGGACGUAACAACGGCGAGUGCGUGUGCGCCAAGGAGGCAACCUGCUCGUGCGGCAAGCAGCCUGCUCUUCAGUGCAGUAUGCCUCUCUUCCUCCACCCGCAUCCUUCGUACUGCGCUAAGGCGGCCGACGAGAACAAGAUGCCCACCAGUACCUGCGCGUGCGGAAAGAGGGCUGAGGAUGCCUGCACAUGCGGACGUUCCGAGAACAACGGCUCGAGCAACCUCGAGACCGACUUCACCACCAAGAAAUAA